UGUAGUCCUUUAUGCCAUUAACAAACAGCAAACGAAACGGGAUAUUAAAAAGGAACGGGAAGGAAUUUAGAAUUAUAUAGUUAUUUAUCUGACACGUAAUCUUUUGUACAACAUUCUUCUACGGUCUAGCUAUUGUAGUAUAGCUGUCACUAUCUAUUACGUAGGUAGACAAAUUAUUUCGUAAUUGUUUACUAAUCGUCACUGUAAGAUGACAUAACUUCAUUAUGAUCAUACCAUAAAGUUUAGAAAACAAUAUAUUGUAGUUCUAUUAAAUUUAUAAUAAGAGGGUAUCUAAAAAAAUUAGUAGUUGUCGAAACUCCCGCGCUGAUGGAAGUGCUAAUAAUACUGAUAUGGCUAUGUGCGGCCGCCGCGGAAUUACCAAACGAUCUCACUCAUCUCAAAGAGUUUAUUGAGCAAACACACUUUAGUUUAAAAAAGAAAUAUAGACCUCUCUAUCACGUCUCUUCACCAGUGGGCUGGCUCAACAAUCCGAGCGGAUUUGUUUUCUUCAAACGACAAUACCACGUCUUCUACCAGUAUCAUCUUUACAAAGGAGCAUGGGGUGCUAUUCACUGGGGUCAUGCGGUCAGUGAUAAUCUCGUCGAUUGGGUUCAUUAUCCUCCAACGUUGAUACCAAAUGACUUUUAUGAUAGACAUGGAUGCCUGUCCGGGUCGGCUGUUGUCCACAACGGUUACCUCGCCUUGUUCUACACUGGGCAUGUUUUAUCCAAAAACAGUACGUAUCAGACUCAAAACGUCGCUAUUAGCUCCGACGGUAUCGUCUUCCAAAAGUACCUGUACAACCCGAUUAUCAGAAAGCCUUCAUUCGAAAUCACUGACUUCAGAAACCCCAAAGUAUGGAAGUUUCGUAACACUUGGUACAUGAUAUUAGGAACGGUGCACGAGGGAAGUCCCGUAUUGUUGCUAUACACGUCACCAGAUUUAUUUAUUUGGAAAUUGGAUUCUAUUUUAGUACAUUCAUACAAAGAUAUGGGCUACAUGUGGGAGAAUCCUGAUUUCUUUGAAGUCGACGGCCAAUAUGUGCUAAUACUGUCUGUUCAAGGAAUUCGGCCGGACGCACACAGGUUUAGGAACUUUUAUCAAACUGGAUACAUUGUCGGGAGCUUUAACUACGGCACGACAGAAUUCGAAGACCUUGAAAUAUCAACGGCUACUUUCAACGAGCUCGAUUAUGGGCAUGACUUUUAUGGUGCGAAAACUAUGCAAGCUUUAGAUGGUAGAAGACUUUUAGUCGCCUGGCUCGGUACGUGGGACAGUGAUUUUAAAGAAUCAAAAGACGGAUGGGCGAGUAUGUUAACAAUAAUCCGAGAAGUACGUAUUAGCUUUCAUGGUCGCCUUUUGAUGAAACCGAUAAAAGAGCUUGCCGAAUUGAGAACGGAGGCUCUUGAAAGUGCUUGGUACAGUCCCGGAGAAGCAUUCCAAGCUGAAACAAGAUCUUUUGAAAUGCUGGUGAAUUCUACUUCGGUUUCACAUGAUGCCGUUCUUAUAUUUGAAUGGGGAAGAGGAACGAAUAUACGACGAUAUACUAUAGAAUACUCUUCCGAGUUAGGAAGUGUGAGUGUGGAUCGAGGUGGAAUAAACGGUGUAAGAAGAGCAGAUUGGUCGCCAGUUCACAAAAUAUUUUGGCACAUAUUUGUUGAUUCAAGUUCUAUAGAGGUGUUCUGUGGAGAAGGAGAAGUGGUUUUCUCCAGUCGUAUCUAUCCAAAGUCUAUUAGAGUAAAGAUUGCUGGUGAAAUGGAGUUACAUAUAACACAGUAUAAAUUAAGGCGUAGUGUCGGAUACGACGAAAAGUUGCGGCAAUAUCUAAAGAGUAAUUAUAUCAAUAAAUAUGUUAAUUACUAAACUCGUUGAAGGGCUUAAAACCCUCGAGACAUCUCACAUUAGACCUUCGUAACAAAGGUGACCUAGAAACUUUCAAAAUCAAAGGACGACAUACUGUCACGCGUAGUAGUAAUAGAAAAUAAAUUAUGGGUUUAAAAGUAUAUUUUUUCUAAUUUUUUAAUUCUAAUUUUCUAUUGAUAAGGACUACGAGCGUAACAUUCUUUUUUUUAUAUUAUUUGUCAUUAAUAUAGAUAGGUACUUAAAUAUAUUACUUUUUCAUUAUCAGAGUAGGUACUAGUUUUUUAUUUCCUAAUUGCUUAAGUGUUUUUGUUUAUGGAUGAAAAUGGUAUGGUAACCCCGCCCGCGCUAACGGGAUACGCUGGCGGAGCACCAGUAAAGGGUGAUAGAUGAGAAUGAAAACUGGCCAGUUAGCCCAUCAUGGUGAAUUCAUCAGGAAUUAACCAUAAUAGUUUCCAGGGGGAACCGCGAGGAGGUCGACUUGGUUGGGUAUAUUGUUAGCAAUGGGAUUCUCAGUCUCCAUUACUAACAAUCCCUUUCCCCCCGGUUAGGUAUUGCUUAAGUGUUAGGACUUACAAGGCAGAUGCUAUAAGUUGCAAACAAGCGGAUCAAACACCUAGAAUUUAUACGUACCUACUGAAUCGAUGUGUUUAGUAAACAUGAAUCAUAGGUAUUACUAUUUUCUAUUACUGCUUUUCAUCCUUUGAGGCGACUAUAAGGAAGUAUAAGUAAGGACUACAAAUAGAGUAAUGCAAGAAUAGAGAAAACUAGAACACCUUUAUUACGGAGCCGCCUGCAUUGUCAAUAUCAUAGUGUAUAGAUGAAACGAAUGCCUUCCUAGUGGUACGAUGAUGAUUGGAAUAUGUUAUUUUUAUAGUUUAGAGAGUUGGGUAGUAGCGCCUUUUUUAAACAUCACCAAAACACGCAGUUGCCAACCCGCUUGCCAAACUUGGCAACUACUGGCAAAACCCCCCUAACGGUUCAUAUGAUAUCUUUAUCGGUAAGAAUAGAAUAGAAAAUGUUUAUAACUAGAAAAAUACAGUAAUAUUAUAUAUCAGAAGUGUCUCAUGUUUUUUUUUUUAUGGAUGAUAAUGGAAUGGUAACCCCGCCUGCAUUAUCGGUAUACGCUGGCGGGGCACCAGUGAUAAAUGACAGGUGAAGAUGAAAGCAGGUCAGUUAGCCCAUCGUGAUGAAUUUCACAAGAAUUAACCACAAUGGUCUCCAGGAGGAACCACGUGGAGGUCGACCUGAUAAGGUAUAUUGUUAGUAAUGGGGCUGUUAGAUCUCAUUAUUAAACAAUCCCUUCCCUCCAGUGUCUCGUGUAAGGCAAAAGGAAGUGGCUCAGCUGAUGCUGUGAGUGUCCCAGUACAAUGUGUACAGCUGCACAGCGCUGGUUUUCAGCCAGUCCCUCUCUUAAGAAAAUACAAACGGGUACCGGUAAGUAGAUAGAUAAUUUUAUAUAAAUUUUACGUAAAUAUUUUUGAUGCCUUAUAAACCACCUGUGCUAUUGUUGCAGGUUUCAAGGAUGUUUAUCAAUUAUUUGACUUAUUAAUUCUGUCCACGUAUGCUAAGUAUAAAAGAUGUCCAUUGAAGGCUACGUUGACCUUGUUUACACAAAGAUGACUAAAAUCAGGCUAUAUCUAUCUCGAUAGGAUGUAGUUAAAACAUAUCGCAAUAGUGACAGUGUUACUAGGAAUAAUAGUAUCUUUAAUAUAGUAGGUAGAUAACUGUAUCUAGGUACUUUUUUUUUUAUGGGUGAAAAUGGUAUGGUAACCCCGCCUGCGCUAACGGGAUACGCUGGCGGAGCACCAGUGAAGGGUGAUAGAUGAGAAUGAAAAUAGGCCAGUUAGCCCAUCAUGAUGAAUUCAUCAGGAAUUAACCAUGAUAGUUUCCAAGGAGAACCGCGAGGAGGUCGACCUGGUUGGGUAUAUUGCUAGCAAUGAGAUUCUCAGUCUCCAUUACUAACAAUCCCUUUCCCUCCUAUCUAGGUACAUUCCGCCUAAAAAGUUAUUUCAAAGUAGUACUUAAGUUCCUUUUGUGGUCAAAGAACUAUUUAAAUGGCUGUCUAUUUUGCAGCAGUGAAUAUAUCUAUUUACCUGGAUACUGAGAUCACAAUGCCUAGAUAUUAUUGGAUAAAAAUGGAAUGAUAACUCCCCUGUGCUAUUGACCUACAGUGGUAGAUGACUAAUGAGGAUGAAAGCAGGUCAGUUAGCCCAUCCUGACGAAUUCAACUAGAGUUAGCCACGAUGGUUUCCAGGGUAAACCACGUAGAGGUCGACCUGACAGGGUAUAUUGCUAGUAAUAGGGCGGCUAUUUGACCUUCAUUACUAACAAUCCCUUUCCCCCUCGAGUCCCUAUUAGUAACAACUCCACUGGUUUUAUGCUGUAUCAAAUCGCAGCUUAAGUCAACUAAGACGCUUAAGCUAAAUACCCAAAUUGUUUAUAAUUACUCCUCUCCAUCCAAAGGUUGCCUGGAAGAGAUCGCUCUUAGCGAUCAGGUCGCCCAUUGUUUUCUCAUUGUGAUUAUUUCUUGUAAUUAUUUAUAUUUAUAAUAAGUUUACUAUUGUAAUCUUUUGGAGGAAACAAUAAAGAGUAUCUAUCUAUCUCAUCUCCCAAUCGCGAACCAAAUAAUUUUGGAAAAAAAAACAACUCCACUGCCCCUGCCCCUGCCCCUACCUAUAUGGGUACAUUACGCUGACAUUUAUAAAUUAAUACUUAUUUUCUUGGAGUAUAUAUUUUGCAAUAUACUCGUAUUUAUAUAAUAGUAAAACAAUUUUAAAAAUAUGUGGGAAAAUUUCGCAGUGCGGAUAGCUACAUAUGUAUAUCCUUAUGUAUCCAGUUAUUGGACUUCUUGUUUUGUUUUUACUAUAUAGGUACUUAACUAAAAAGUUAAGAACAAGUAGUCCAAUAUCUUUGCUGAAAAGAUUUCACCCACGCAACGCCUACAUUUCCAAAACAUAUUGAAAAAUAGGAAAUAUUGAAAUUUUCGAUCUUAAAUCAUAGUGUUAAGGUCUAUUUUCAUUCAAAAUGUUCAUUCUUCAUUCGUGAGAUGCCUGCCGACGUCAAACGACUUUAGUUACGUCAUUGUUUUUUGUCAAAGAACAAGCAGAAUAUUUUUAUGUAGACGUAACAAAAUCUCCCAAGAAGGCGUUACCUAUUUAAAUGUUUAAAAUUAUUUUCACUAGUUGUAAGAAUUAUUAUAAUUAUUGUCAAAAACAAUUUUAUAGUGGUAUAAUUAUGUAUCCAUUACAUACAGUUAUUAAUACUUCCAUAAUAAAAAAUAAUCCAACGAUAUGCUAUUUAUUAUUUUAUUUUUAAAAUUGCCAAUUGACCUAACUACAUUAUCUGUUUUCUGAAAUCCAAUCUAUUACACAAUUUGCCAUGGAAAAAAUUUUUCGAGCCAUAGUUAUUAAAAAAAAAAUUCUAAAAGGUUGGGGAAAAAAUACUAAAAUGGAUUUAAAAAAAAUACAUAUUUGAUCUGAAGAGCUAAACUUAUUAAUUAUGAUUAAAUAGAGAAUAUCUAAAUCUGUUUUAACAGCAACAGAACUAAAUAAAAAUGUACAUAAACAAAUAAUUAACCCGACCAUACAAUUCUACUAGUGUUUAAUUGUAGUAUAUAUCAAAAUCCUAUUGAUUGCAUGUCUCAAUUUGUUACUAA